UCAUAUUUCUGCAUCAUUGACUGGUUUUUUUGGGUCUUUGGAAUACCUGUUUGGAACUCUGAGCCUAUUAGGUGGGUGUUUUCUGAGCACAUUAAAAAAGGUUCCCUUUUAUGGAAGUGCUUCUGCUUUUUUCCUCCUCUCAUCAUAAAAUCAAAUAAAAUAAUCAUAUAAUUAAAAUCCUCCAUCUUUGUUAUCUGAUUCCUCUGUUUCAAAACUGGACCGUGGUGGUCAUGAUUCCUUCUACAGUUUUUGUCUCAUGUGCUUAAAUUCCAAACUGAAGGAAAAAAGAAAAAGAUAAAAAAAAAACAAAGUACCAAAUGUUUCUUCACAUUUAUGGGUUCUCAGUUAGACAAAAAAACUUAUGAAUGAUAAAGAAUUCUUGCUCUUUCUCAUAGUCAUGAUCAUGAUCUUCUUCUUCUUUUUCAUGUUUUGAUGCAGAGACGGUUCUGAUUGGAUAGAAUUUUCUGGUCUGUAAAAGCAUGGAGGGUGACACAUUUUCAGGGCUUGGCAGUGGUGCCCAGAUUGAUGGCAAGAUUUUACAGAGAUUUCAGAAGAAUUUUGUUCAAGUCCAAAGCAUAUUGGAUCAAAACAAGCUGCUCAUCAGUGAAAUAAACCAAAACCACGAGUCAAAGAUCCCUGACAACCUCAACAGAAAUGUGGGUCUGAUCCGAGAACUAAACAACAAUAUCAGGAGGGUUGUUGACUUAUAUGCUGAUCUUUCAUAUAACUUCACCAGAUCCGUGGAAGUUUCUUCAGAAGGCGAUUCCAGUGGAGCUUUGAAGUCAGAUGGAAAAGCAGGCCAGAAGAGAAACAGGGUUGUUUAAUCCAUAAUUCAUCAUCAUCUUCUCCUUUCUUUGGCGUGGUGAGAGAGAAGAACGAACAACAUUUUCACAUCUCUGUCAAAAAAGGCUAGUACAUCAAUAGAUUUCUCUGUAACUUUUUUCUUGUAUGAUUUAACUAUCUAGUUUUACUUAGUUUCUUGAUCAUCCCUUCCCUCUUUGCAUUUGCUUAGGAAAAAUAAUUGUCAUGAUUCUGUAUUUAAUUGCCUUUUCUGCUGCUCAGCUGUGGAUCUACUUUUGAUGAAAUUAAGCAUCAAGUUCUCAUCUGAUGUCUGGUUUUUGUUCCAACUUAGAUGUCCAGAACAGAACUUUGAAGGAUCCUUUAAGGAUUUAAUGAUAACA